AUGAGUGAAUUAUCAUUUAAAGAUAAGGUUGUUGUAAUUACAGGUGCUGGUGGUGGUUUGGGUAGGGUUUAUGCAUUGGAAUAUGCUAAAAGAGGUGCUAAUGUUGUUGUUAACGAUUUAGGUGGUACUUUAUCAGGUGCAAAUGGCUCUACUGGUCAUAGAGCCGCCGAUUUGGUUGUUAAAGAAAUUAAAGAAAAGUAUAAUGGUAAAGCAGUAGCAAACUAUGAUUCGGUAAAUGCUGACGGUGAAAAGAUUAUCAAGACAGCUAUUGAUUCUUUUGGUAGAAUCGAUAUUUUGAUCAAUAACGCCGGUAUUUUGAGAGAUGUCUCGUUUAAUAAAAUGACUGAAAAGGACUUCCAAAGUGUUGUUGAUGUCCAUUUAAAUGGUUCUUAUAAAUUAACAAAAGCUGCUUGGCCUUAUAUGAGAAAACAAAAAUUUGGUAGAAUUAUUAAUACCGCUUCUCCAGCUGGUUUGUUCGGUAAUUUUGGUCAAUCAAAUUACUCUGCCGCUAAAAUGGGUUUAGUAGGUUUUGCAGAGACUUUAGCAAAAGAAGGUUAUAAAUAUAAUAUAUUUGUUAACUCAAUUGCUCCUUUAGCAAAAUCAAGAAUGACUGAAAAUAUUAUUCCACCACAUAUUUUAAAAAAUUUAGGUCCUGAAAAAAUUGCUCCAUUAGUUUUAUAUUUAACCCAUGAUACAACUAAAGUCACCAAUUCUACUUUUGAGUUAGCUGGAGGGUUUUAUGGUCAAAUUAGAUGGGAACGUUCUGCCGGUCAGAUUUUUAACCCAACCAGUGAAGACUCUUUUACUCCAGAAGCAAUCUUGAAUAAAUGGAAUGAAAUUACAGAUUUUAAAAAUGACAAACCAUUCAAUAAAAAAUCUCACCCUGUUCAAUUAUCAGAUUAUAAUGAUUUAAUUGUCAAGGCUAAACAAUUACCUGCUCAAAACGAUCAAGGUUCAGUUAAAGUUGAUUCAUUAAAGGGUAAAGUUGUCAUUGUCACUGGUGCUGGCGGUGGUUUAGGUAAAUCUCAUGCCACUUGGUUUGCCAAAUAUGGUGCUAAAGUUGUUGUCAAUGACAUUAAGGAUCCAUCAUCUAUUGUAAACGAAUUGAAUGCCAAGUACGGUGCAAAUUCAGCAGUAGCUAAUACCAAUAACAUUAUUACAGAAUCUGAUAAGAUUGUUCAAACUGCUAUUAGUACAUUCGGUAGAAUUGAUAUCUUAGUUAACAAUGCUGGUAUAUUGCGUGACAGAUCCUUUGUUAAAAUGACAGAUGAAGAAUGGUAUUCAGUUAUCGCUGUUCAUUUGUUGGCAACUUUUGCAAUGUCAAAAGCUGUUUGGCCACACUUUACCAAACAAAAUUCUGGUUUUAUUAUUAAUACUACUUCAACUUCUGGUAUUUAUGGUAACUUCGGCCAAGCAAACUAUGCUGCUGCUAAAUCUGCCAUUAUUGGUUUUACAAAAUCUUUGGCAAUCGAAGGUUUUAAGAAAGGUAUUAGAGUCAAUGUCAUUGCUCCUCAUGCUGAGACUGCCAUGACAAAGACUAUUUUCGGUGAUAAAGAAUUCCAGAACCACUUUGAGCCAUCUCAAGUUUCUCCAUUUGUUGUUUUAUUGGCCUCUCAAGAAUUGCAAGCUAAAGCAAAGAGAGGUGUCACUGGUCAAAUGUUUGAAGUUGGUGGUGGUUGGGUAGGUCAAACAAGAUGGCAAAGAUCACCAGGUUAUGUUGCGGUUGAUGAUGAAAUUACUCCAGAAUUAAUUCAAGAAAAUUGGAAGUCUGUUGUCGAUUUCUCUGGCAAGACCACAAACCCAGCUUCAACUGAACAGUCAUCCAUGCUGAUCUUACAAAGUGUUCAAGCUGCUCAAGCAAAAGCUGAUGGUUCUGAUGGUUCAUUCUCUUACACUCACAGAGAUGCUAUCCUUUACAACUUAGGUUUAGGUGCUACUACUAAAGAAUUGAAUUAUGUGUAUGAAAAUGAUCCAAACUUCCAAGUCCUACCAACAUUUGCUGUCAUUCCUUUUAUGAACGCUACUGCAGGAUUGAAAUUCAAUGAAUUGGUAAAUAAUUUCAACUAUGCAAUGUUAUUACAUGGUGAACAGUACAUCAAGUUAUCUCAAUACCCAUUGCCUACCAAGGCCUCUUUGAAGACUGUAAUUAAACCAUUACAAGUAGUUGAAAAGGGUGGAAAAGCCGCUGUAAUUGUUGGGGCAUCUGAAACCUAUUGUACAAAGACAAAAAAAUUAUUAUGUUACAAUGAAGGUACCAUGUUUAUUAGAGGUGCUACUGUUGGUCCAAAUAAGACCAUUAAGAAUAACAGAGCUAAGUUUGCCACUCAACCAUUUAAAGCUCCAACUGACAGAAAACCAGAUUAUGAGGUUGAAGUAACUACAAGUGAGGAUCAAGCUGCUAUUUACAGAUUAUCCGGUGAUUACAAUCCAUUGCAUGUAGAUCCAAAAUUGGCAAAGAAGGUUGGCUUCCCACGUCCAAUUUUACAUGGUUUGUGUACUUUGGGUGUCUCUGCAAAGGCAUUGUUGGAGAAGUAUGGUCAAUUCACUGAAUUAAAAGUCAGAUUUUCAAAUGUUGUCUUCCCAGGUGACAAAUUGAAGAUUAAAGCUUGGAAGCAACCAGAUGGUGUAGUUAUAUUCCAAACUAUUGAUGAAACAAGAGGUGUCAUUGUUUUGGACAAUGCUGCUUUGAAGUUAGCAGGUUCAUCAAAACUUUAA